GUGUCCGUGGGCUCUGUGGUUCUGUUGCAACAUCUUGACAAGCAAAUCCCUUUCAAGGUGUCCGCGGGCUCUGUGGUUCUGUUGCAACAUCUUGACAAGGAAAUUCCCUUCAAGGUGUCCGUGGGCUCUGUGCUUCUGUUGCAAGAUCUCGACAAGGAAAUUCCCUUCAAGGUGUCCGUGGGCUCUGUGGUUCUGUUGCAACAUCUUGACGAGGAGAUUCCCUUCAAGGUGUCCGUGGGAUCUGUGGUUCUGUUUCAACAUCUUGACAAGGAGAUUCCCUUCAAU